CUACCCCCCUCAAAGUAUUUCGCGUUCUUGACAACACAUUCAUGCAAAAGAAGUAUGCAGCGGUUCGUAGUCGAAGAUUUAUAACAAGUAUUGGUAAAUACGUCAAAAUCCGAGAAUGCCGCUGUUUGGGAAAAAGAAAUUCGAUGAGAAGAUCACAAAGAAGUACACUUUUCAUGACGUGCUCGGAACUGGAGCGUUUUCUGAAGUUUUCAUGGCUGAAGAGAAGGCUACCGGUAAGUUAUACGCUGUAAAGUGCAUCGCCAAGAGGAAACUUUCCGGCAAGGAAGAGGCAAUAGAGAACGAAAUUGCUAUCUUGAAGAAGGUGAACCAUCCAAACAUAAUUAAACUUUGGGAAAUAUUCGACAACAAAACACAUCUUCAUCUAGUGAUGGAUUUCCUGAAAAUCUUCUUUACUACAGUCCUGAUGAUGACUCUAAAAUAAUGAUCAGUGAUUUUGGCCUGUCCAAGACAGAAGAAGAUGAUAGCAUGAUGGCAACUGCCUGUGGAACCCCAGGAUAUGUUGCCCCUGAAGUUCUCAAACAGAAACCUUAUGGAAAAGCAGUAGAUUGUUGGGCUGUUGGAGUAAUUUGCUAUAUUUUACUUUGUGGUUAUCCUCCAUUCUAUGAUGAAAGUGAUGCAAACCUCUUUGCACAGAUCAUGAAAGGAGAGUAUGAAUUUGAUACACCAUACUGGGAUGACAUUUCAGAUUCAGCUAAGAAUUUUAUUGAGCGUUUACUACAAGUUGACCCCAAGAAGCGGUUUACAUGCAAGCAGGCUCUAAAUCAUCCUUGGAUUUCCGGUGGAGAGGCUCUUGAUCGUGACAUCCAUGCAUCAGUUAGUGAACAAAUAAAGAAAAACUUCUACAAGGCUAAGUGGAAGCAAGCGUUUAAUGCCGCAACAGCCAUCAACCGAAUGAAAAACCUUCAACUCGGUGGGGCCGACAAGCCGGCUGUAAACAACAAUGGCGACUGAACCGAAGCAGCUGGUCUGCAGUGAUGGUCUUUUUUAAGUUCUUUCUCACUUCCUGUCGGUAAACAGGCGAAGAAAGGAUCUGGGAACGAGGCUUAUGUAAACCCCUGUAGAUCAGGCGUUUACGAAUUUGUAGAUUAAAAUUUCCAUCUGCUCAUUUAAAAGCAAAUAUUUUGCUUCUUUUUUGUUCCAUAUGGAAUUCAUUUCAGCCGUCGAAGUAUUUGUAAUAAUUCAAAGAAAAGUCGAAUAAGAAAUGCUUGAGUUUAGCGAAAGAAAUAUAUCAAGGGUCACAGUGUAGUUAAUAUUCCUCAUCAACUAUUAUGAAAUAUUUUGUAACCGAUUUGUUCUAUGUUCGAAUUCCGAUAGUGUCAGAUGAAAACUUAAGUGUCUUUGAGACUGGAAAUGCGCAGUUCUGCGCAGUUCAAUCUCUAGGUAAUUUUUUUAAGUGCAUGAGCUCCUUCCCCAUGCGCUGGGUCCCCUUGACAACGGUCGAGAACUGAAUCUUGGUAAUUUCUGACAGGAAGUUUUAAACGCUUUGUAAAUCUUUUUGAAGUGCACAAGUGUAGUUACAAGAAGUACUGUCAGUUUUGUGGUUAAUGUUAGAAUACCAGCGAUGGAAGUAUGUUCAAAACCAAUCAAAGUUUCUUGUCUUGCGAUCGAACCAGGACUCGAGGAACGAGGAGAAAAGUUUCUUUUAAAGACAUCUCUUUUCCUUUAGCAGCUUGUUUUGAGAGAAAAUUAUAUUUUUCAGCGGAUCACCUGCCGAAUAUUCUGAUGUGCCAGUCGAUACAAAUUUUGUUAGAUUUAUCAUGUCCCAAUUCUGGUCUCGUUUUUUUAGGAGUCUUCCAAAUUUUGAUGCUAGUUUCCGUUUUUAAAUACAUAAAUUACUCGCUGUUCUGAGUGAGACGGUACAUGUGUCAAUGUAAUACAAUGAACUUAUUGAUCUUUGCUAAUAAAAGUAUGCCUUCUGAAA